GAGUCCUAGCUGAGUGUCAGGGCCGGAGGCUCCGGUUGGAGUUGGGAUAUUUUGGGCAUGAGCCUGGCUCAAGUUGUGACUGACUAGCCCAUGUGACCUGGGGUAGGUUGACAAAAUACCCUGAAGCGUUUGCUUUCCCUGGCAGUAAAGGGAAGCUAACCAAACACCGAGUCUGCCAGAUUGUCCUGAGGAUUUGAUCUGGAGACAUCCCCAACGGAUGGUUUCUGCCCAAGCCUAAACAGCCAGGACCAGAGUGCUACGUGCACGGAAGGGCCUGCCAGGGGAAUUUUCCAAGUGCUCCAGCCCCAGGCCUUGCACUCCUGAAGUCAGCUGGGGAGGCCAGCAGUGCCAGUGGGAUCUGAGGAGCGGCUGUAGCCCAGGCCAUGCCGGGCCAGGGACUGCCCCUGCGUGUGGCCACCCUGCUGACGGGGCUGCUGGAAUGCCUGGGCUUCGCGGGCGUCCUUUUUGGCUGGGCAUCCCUGGUGUUUGUCUUCAAAAAAGAGCAUUACUUUGAGGAGCUGUGUGAACCCGAUGCCAGGCUGAUGGGCAAUGCCACGGGCAUGGAAGACUGCAAAGCCCAGGAUGAAAGGUUCUCACUCAUCUUCACCCUGGCGUCCUUCAUGAACAACUUCAUGACCUUCCCCACCGGCUUCAUCUUUGACCGUUUCAAGACCACCGUGGCCCGCCUCAUAGCCAUAUUUCUCUACACUAGUGCCACGCUCAUCAUAGCCUUCAUCUCUGCAGGCUCAGCGAUGCUGCUCUUCCUGGCCAUGCCCAUGCUUUCCGUCGGGGGAAUCCUGUUUCUGAUGACCAACCUGCAGGUUGGGAACUUAUUUGGCAAACACCGCUCGACCAUCAUCACCCUCUACAAUGGAGCAUUUGACUCUUCUUCGGCUGUCUUUCUCAUCAUUAAGCUCCUUUAUGAAAACGGCAUCAGCCUCAGGGCCUCCUUCAUCUUCCUCUCUGUCUGCAGUGUGUGGCAUGUUGGGCGUACUUUCCUCCUGAUGCCCCGGGGGCACAUCCCCUACCCACUGCCCCCCAACUACAGCUAUGGCCUGUGCUCUGGGACUGGCCCCAGAGAGAAGAAGGAGACAGCCAAGUCCAAAGAGCUGGACCUACAGGCUAAGGAGUUCCUGCCACCAAAGGAAGAGAUCCCAGGACCAGGGCAGCUGGACGAACCCCGUUCUUUCAAGAGCUCUGUUUUCUCCCGGCGCUUUGCUGGGCACCUGGUGUGGCUGUCUGUGAUACAGUUGUGGCACUACCUCUUCAUCGGCACCCUCAACUCUCUGCUGACCAACUUGGCCAGUGGGGACAGGGCUCUGGUCAGCAGCUACACAAAUGCCUUUGCCAUCACUCAGUUCUUUGGAAUGCUGUGUGCCCCCUGGAACGGCCUGCUCAUGGACCGGCUUAAGCAGAAGUACCAAAAGGAAGCGAGAAAGACAGGUUCUUCAGCCUCAGUCGCAGCCCUUUCCGCAGCGGUGCCUUCGCUGGCCCUGACGUCUUUGCUGUGCCUGGGCUUUGCCAUCUGUGCCUCGGUCCCUGUCCUCCCCCUCCAGUAUGGCACCUUCGUCCUGCAAGUGAUCAGCCGCUCCUUCCUCUACGGGGGCAACGCUGCCUUCCUCACCCUUGCCUUCCCUUCGGAGCACUUUGGGAAGCUCUUUGGGCUGGUGAUGGCCCUGUCAGCCAUUGUGUCUCUGCUGCAGUUCCCCAUCUUCAUGCUCAUCAAAGGCCCCCUCCAGAACGACCCAUUCUAUGUGAACGUGAUGCUGGUGCUGGUCACUCUCCUGACCUUCGCCCACCCCGUCCUGAUGUACCUCGAGUGCCGGCAGAAAGCAACCGCCCCUGCAGCUACUUUUUAGACCUCAGAUGCUGUUGUUUAUCUUUCUUGGAGCACCCGUGUCCAGAAAGACUUUGCCCACCCUGGCUACUUGUAUUAAGUAGCCAUUAUUAUUA